AUGGCUUCCAACUCCUCCAACACCUACCCUAGCACGGCCUCCGGGUCGACUUUCUACUCCUCCGGAAGCCGUGAGCACCGCGAGUACGCUGCCGCUUUCCACACUUCCACUUCCACCACCACGAGAAAGGCGGUCGUUGUCCAGCAUAACAAGGGGAUCGAGGAGCCUUUCGCCCCGACCCCGUCUUCGUACGGAUCGCAGGCCUAUCGGGAGACUGCUUCGACCAAGUCGCGUUCUAGCUCUCAGCGUUAA